GUCGUUUGUCUUCCUUGUCGUUCGUGGCCCCAGUUCUACUGUAUCCCUUCUAGCAGCAACCUGAUGCUACAGAGGAUCCGCACCCAUGAUCCUCCACGGCGAGUCACAUGACCAUGACAUUAAAGCGGAAAUGACAGUUAGCGCUCCACAGUCUCACGGCGAAUAAAAGGGCUGUGAUGUGAUGUGCUGUGACGAUGGCAGCUGCCAGUGUGUCUCAGUCUGCCAGCAUUCAGGCCAUAGAGAAAUCACAGCUGACCUUGAAAGUGUUGUCUGCGAAGCCUCAGUCUCCUAAACUGCCCAAUCGUCACUCUCGCCUGAGUUCAUUUGUGGAAGUGACCGCCGACGGCCUGAGCAGCGAGACCAAGAAAACGGGCAAACGCAGCGGACACCUCGAGCUGCAGUGGAAUGAAGACCUCACACUGAACGUGACUCCUCAGAGUCGUCUGGAUCUGAAGGUGUGGAGUUGUCACACUUUGAGGAAGGAGCUUCUGGGCAGCGCCACCAUCGACUUGUUGGACACUCUACGAACACAUGAUGGCAAGAUGGAGAACGUUCAGCUCAGUCUGGUUCUGCAGACGGAGAACAAAGGCUCGGUUGUAGCAGGCGGUGAGCUCAACGUCUGUCUGGACGGCCUGGUUGUUGAUCUGGGAUCUUUGCCCAAUGGCAGCGCCGCCUCAGACAAGAUUCACUCGAGCAGGUCCAGUCUCCAUCGGGCUCACAGUGAAGAGACCCCCAGCACCAGCAGCCCCCGUGGACGAAGUUUGGGUCAGUCGUCUCGGGGCUCGUGUGGAGAUUCUCCAGCUGAGAUCCAAGGAGCUGCUCUUACUAAUGGAGACGUGAACGGAGCAUUGGCAGAAACAACAUCCAGACACAACUCAAAGACCACAGUCAACAACCUGAGCAGUGCCGGUAAAGGUGAAACGGCUGCUAACGGUCUGGAGAGCGCACAUCUGACCUGUCCUGCUCCGUCUUCUCCAUCAUUGAGCUCCAAUCCUCCAGAUGGUACAGUUCCUCCACCUGCAGCCGAGCCUCCAGCAUCCACUGAGCAGAGCGACACUACUAGCGACACACAGAACACCGACGCACUGCCUGCUGGGUGGGAGCAGAGAAUUCUUCCUCACGGACGAGUGUAUUAUGUGGAUCACAACACAAAGACCACCACAUGGGAGAGACCCCUGCCACCAGGUUGGGAGAAGCGUGUGGAUCAGCGCGGCCGGUUCUACUAUGUGGACCACAACACAAGAACCACCACAUGGCAGCGGCCCACGGCGGAGUCAGUCCGCAACUAUGAGCAGUGGCAGUCACAGCGCAGCCAGCUGCAGGGAGCCAUGCAGCAGUUCAACCAGAGAUACCUCUAUCAGCCGUCUGGAGCUGUGGUGGAGAAUGAUCCGCUCGGAGCUCUUCCUCCUGGAUGGGAGAAACGUCAGGACAAUGGAAGAGUCUACUAUGUCAAUCACAACACUCGAACUACGCAGUGGGAGGAUCCUCGAACCCAAGGGAUGAUCCAGGAGCCUCCCCUGCCGCCCGGCUGGGAGAUGAAGUACACGGCAGAGGGGGUGCGAUACUUUGUGGACCACAAUUCUCGCACCACCACCUUUAAAGACCCUCGGCCGGGCUUUGAGUCAGGUUCGAGACAGGGUGGCUCUCCGGGCGCGUAUGACCGCAGCUUCAGGUGGAAAUAUCACCAGUUCCGCUUCUUGUGUCAUUCUAAUGCUCUGCCCAGUCAUGUGAAGAUCUCGGUGUCCAGACAGACUCUGUUUGAGGACUCUUUUCAACAGAUCAUGAACAUGAAGCCGUAUGACCUCCGCCGGCGACUCUACAUAAUCAUGAGAGGAGAGGAAGGCCUGGAUUACGGAGGAAUCGCCAGGGAGUGGUUUUUCUUGCUGUCUCAUGAGGUUUUGAACCCCAUGUACUGUCUGUUUGAGUAUGCCGGUAAAAACAACUACUGUCUUCAGAUUAACCCUGCUUCCUCAAUCAACCCCGACCACCUCACCUACUUCCGCUUCAUCGGACGUUUCAUUGCCAUGGCGUUGUAUCAUGGGAAGUUCAUUGACACAGGCUUCACUUUGCCAUUCUACAAGCGGAUGCUGAACAAGAAGCCCACGCUGAAAGACCUGGAGUCCAUCGACCCAGAGUUUUACAACUCCAUCAUGUGGGUCAAAGAGAAUGAUCUGGAAGAGUGCGGCGUGGAGCUUUACUUUGCUCAGGACAUGGAGAUUUUGGGCAAGGUGACGACACACCAGCUGAAGGACGAUGGAGAAAAUGAACUGGUCACUCAGGACAACAAGGAGGAAUAUAUCGGUUUGCUGACUGACUGGCGCUUCACUCGCGGCGUGGAGGAACAGACGAAAGCUUUCCUGGAUGGUUUCAAUGAGGUUGUGCCUCUAGAGUGGCUGCGCUAUUUUGAUGAGAAAGAAUUAGAGCUGAUGUUGUGCGGGAUGCAAGAAAUUGAUCUGAACGACUGGCAGAAGAACACCAUCUAUAGACAUUACACCAAAAACAGCAAACAAAUCCACUGGUUCUGGCAGGUGGUGAAGGAAAUGGACAAUGAGAAGAGAAUCCGACUCCUCCAGUUCGUCACAGGAACUUGUCGACUGCCGGUUGGAGGAUUUGCUGAACUGAUAGGAAGCAACGGUCCACAGAAGUUCUGCAUAGACAAAGUGGGGAAGGAAACAUGGCUGCCUAGAAGUCACACUUGCUUUAAUCGCCUGGAUUUGCCUCCGUAUAAAAACCUGGAACAGCUCCGAGAAAAGCUUCUAUUCGCCAUCGAGGAAACUGAGGGAUUUGGACAAGAGUGAUGGAGGGAAACAUUUCCACCAGGCCAUUUAUACCACUAAUGUGGAGUGAACGGCAGAUUUACACUUCAGUUACUAGUUUACCUAAAAACAAAACCCUAAAUAUUAUUUAUUCAGCCUCACGUCAUUUCAAACCGACACACUGUUCUGUUUCUGUGCACAAUUAAAAUUGUUAUGCUGAUUUUAUGAAAAUUCGACACGUUUUGAGGGAAGUUUGAACUCGGGGGUCGUUUACAGUACGACGUUUUCAAAAAUGAGGAAACAUUUCAUGUAUUUUGGCUGUUCGUUUAGGUGAUAAUAGCAUUUUUUUUGACUGAAAAAUGUGUAAACACACAAAAAUGAGUCUUUAAAAACGAUGACCGCCUGCAUAAUUAAGGAUGGAUAUCGUUUAGAUUUUAUUGAUAUCGAUACUGAUUCAGAUUCCACUUACCGAUACUGUUAUUGAUACUAUUUUCUACAAUUUACAUUUAAUCGUUUAGCUAACGCUUUUGUCCAAAGCAACUUGCAUUUGAGGAGGUAUUAAGCGAUUCAAACUAUUUGAACUACAAUACCUACAAUUUGAUCUAUAAAGUGUUGAAAAUGUCAAGUUACUUUAUUAUUGUUACUUUAUUGUAACUUUACGAACAUCUUUAAGCAAACAGAAGUAGGUCUAAAGUUUUGUGACUGAAAAGUUUGAACUCGGGGGUCAUUUACGGGACAAAGUGCCAAAAACAAGAAAAUGUUUUAUGCGUUUCGCCUGUUCGUUUACAUGGUAAAAGUGUUUUUGUGACUGAAUAACGCGAGUUGUUGAAAACACUACUCUUGUUGUGUCCGUGUUAGCACCCGAAAAUGAAAGUCUUCAAAAACGAUGAUAGCAUACGUAAAUGGGGAUGGAUAUCAUUUUAAUUUUAUUGAUUCAGACGAAAAUGAGGAAACGCUUUAUGCGUUUUUUUGUUCACUUACGUUUUCCAGUCGCAAAAGCGCUGUUAUCAUGUGAGUUUUUGAAAACGUCAGCCUUGAGAGUCUUGGACGAUAAUGACGCCAUAUGUAAUCAUGGAUAUUACGAUUUUAUUGUUAUUGAAUCCGAUACCGUUUAUUGAUACUAUUUUCUACAAUUUGAUCAGUUACUUUAUUUUGUUACAGCUGUUUUACGAAGUAGGCGCAUAAAGAUUUUGUGACUGAGAAAUGUUUUUGAAAAUGCCGCGCUUGUGGUGACGGUGUAAAAACCUGAAAAAAACGAGUCUUUGAAAACGAUGACAGCUUACAUAGAGUUGGAUUUUGAUUUGAUUAAUAUCGGCAUCAACACCACUUAUCCAUACUAUUUUCUACAAUUUGAUGCAAACGACGAAAAGCUGUAAAAUGAUUUCAAGCUACUUUAUUGUUGUUUAACUUUCCUGAGACAUAAAUAGCUACAUACAGCGCAUCCUUUGCGUUGGAUUGCACGUUUUAUUAGUAAAUGUUUAUUAUAUUACUAAUGUUGCCGCCUUUGUUCACUAUUAUACUGCUCUGCGUACGUUAAACAUCCGUAGGCCAUCAUUCAGGGGCAAAAGUGACAAGCUAUUAAAGUUUGCAUGAAAAUUUACUGUUUGUUUUGCUAGCGAACUCUUAUUCUUUAGGUGAAUAACUAAUCGGUUAUAUAACUGAAUAAAUGUCAGUUUGAUGCUUCAACCGCAGUAUUCUUGGCCACGCCCCUCUUACUGUUACAAAUUGUUAAAAAAGCCCCGCCCCCUUCUCAAUGUUCCGUUUCAGUUGGAAGUACGUUAACAUACUUAAAUCUCAGCAACUCCACAGAUUUUUAACGUAAGUAUAAACAGAUAAAUCAACGUUUGUGGAUGUGUAAACGCGCAUCGUUUUAAAAACAUUGACCUAUUAACCUUUUAAAAACGCAGUCAUUGUUGUGUAUAUGUAGCCUCAGCCUGUCAAGACUUCCCCCAGAUCAUUCGGCUCUACAAAAUGGCUGACCGUCAGCGAAGUCUUCAAGGAUAAAGUCGUUUAUUUUAGUGUUUGGUGCGAGCAGGUUUGUGAUGACGUGAGGUUACCCUUGUUUUCUUUUAAGCAGAUAAGCUCAGCAGCCGAUCAAUAAACUCUUCCAGUGUAAUAUUUCAUGUCUCCACUUCAGGGAAUGAUGACUUUACUCUUUAAUGCAGACGGAGCAUUAGUGCCGGCAGAUUUGCAAAAUGAAUUCUCUGAAUCGCCAAAAUGGAAGAGUGAUUUCCCCCUCAUAAUGCAGCAUUGAAAUAUUACAGCUAUUAAUAAUGAUAUUAAGUAAACGACGAGUGCAGAUCUGUCAUUUCAGGAUGUUCAAUAUGACCUCGAGGACCAUCAGUGGACAACGUGAUCGUUUUAAAGGGUUGACCAGAUGUGAUUUUUGUUAUUUUGUGACAUGCCAUGAUACACUGUAUAUAGUUGAAAUAAAGGCCAAAUAUGGACUGUGAA